AUGGAGUCGAGAACUGCGACCGCGGAGGCAGCCUCCCAUAAGCGACCGCGGUCUCCGUCCGGAGACUUCCCGUCCACGGCCAACAAAGUCCCCAAGACGCAGUCGAAUCAUCUGCAGAUCAACUACCUGGCGCGCCAGUAUCCCGACAACCUACCUCUGGUGUCCACCGAAGAUAACCUGCCCAACAUCUUGCGCCUGAUCGGCGAGUACGAUGGCGUCUUGCAGCGACACGAAAGCAUUGCCGGCAACCUGGGCGCAUGCCCGCUAGGGCCGAUCCUGAUGAAGCGCUUCGAGCGCCUCUUCGACGGGCCGCCGCGCGUGCUCAAAUCGAACAACAAAGAGGGCGCCAACAUCGGCUGGUUGGAUGUGAUCGAAUUCGCCAAGAACAAACCGGAGCAGUUCACUCUGGAAAAGACGCGCAAUGGCGUGCGCGUCUGCCAGUUCUACAUCAAGCAGUGUCGCGUCGAGAUCUCCGAGGAGGAUUAUGUGUUGAUCGCGUCCGGGAUGCCGCAGAAGCUGAUCCCGCCGCAACCCAUCGAUGAGGAUGAAGAGAAGGAACUGGGCGCGCUGGAAAUCCUGGAGAAGAACCUUCAGCAGAUCAUCCAGAUGGCUGAUUCAGGUGAGUCAAGCAAAGAUUCCUCCGUGAGAAAACAAUCUCUGACUUCCGUCACAGCGGCCGCGCGAGCAAGACAGCUCACCUACCGUCUCAAGAAUCGCCGGACAGCCAUCAUCAGCCGACGAGAAAAUGAGGCCUUACAGUCACGACAGAAGAACUCCCAGAGUCCAUCCUGGCAUGAUAAUGGCACGUCGGAGGCAGGUGGUGCCAAUGGAAAUGGCUACUCGAACCCUCAAUCUCCGCCAUCGGGCUUUGUUGCCGUCAACUCAAACAGACCUCCAGCUGGGGAUGGCAAUAAUAAUAAUGACGACCAUCACAAUCUCUCUUCUCAGUUUAUGUUUUCUCACCCCAACGCCGAUAAUAUCACCAUCAUCAAUGGCACCUCCGUCAAGGGCGCAUCACCAACCACUCGUGCGGAAUUGAUGAAGAAGUUCUUCACCACGGCAGAUCGCCAAGCCCGUGGCUAUCCCCCGGAGAAUGAGACCACGCCAGGGCAUUAUUCCCGACAGUCGAGCCGUCCCCGUCCUCGGGGAUCGGAUGGUGCCGCAGACUAUGGUGGAUAUGGAGGCUCGGCUGGAACCGUGGCGAUCCCCAACACCCCGUCCUCCCUUCUGCCCCAACCGAAAUCGACCAACCACUACGAGCGAGAUGACGGCGGUCCCUACAAGAUGGAGAUGGUGGCUCGCAUGGAGGAGCUUCAACGUGGGGAGCGAAUCCUGCCUCCCUGCGACCGAUGCCGUCGACUGCACAUGGAUUGUCUGAAGAACCUCACCGCAUGUAUGGGCUGUACGAAGAAGCAUGCCAAGUGCUCGUGGAAGGAUGUCAAGGAGGAAGAACUUCGCGAACACCCACCGGCCAGUCAGCGUCGCCAACAGCCGGACGACAAUGCCCCGCAGGAUGGAUCGCGUUCCUCGGCGGCUGCUCCUUCAACCAGCCUUCCGGACGGAGAACGUGAGGCGGAACGCGGAGGCGCUGCCGGCGUGCCAUCGAGCACCACCAGUUCGAAUGGAGGACGCGCCGACUCGACCUCGAGCGCUCCCGUCUCGUCGGAGCCUCAACAAGGACCCCACGAGCUGCCGCCCCGGCGGGCGGCCAGUGAAAUCCAGGGCAGCGCGGUGGGCAGCCAUGACCGGCGAAUCAGUAUCAACCGCGACAGCAACGUGGACAACGACGAUGACGACCCUGAUGCCAAUUCGCGUCUGAUGCAGGCUAUCAUGGACACGGUUGACCAUCACACUCGAGUUGCAGCGGGCAAAGAGAAAGACCGCGAGGGGGACCUGCACGGCGACCGAGAGCGUGAUCGAAAGGGUCGCUGA